AUGGAGAGUUGGAAGAACAUUCCUUUAUCUAAAGAGGAGGAGGAAGGAGUUGUAGCGGCUGACGACGAAAUCAGUGGAGAUGAAAUUUUUCAGAGGACCCUGGCUGGGAAACUCUGGACCGACAACAACUUCAACUCGAGGGCAUUUACAAGUACAAUGAUUAGUGCUUGGAAGCUUAAGAACCCGGUUGAGACACAAGAGCUCAACAAAAACUUGUUCCUAUUUCGUUUCUCCACAAAGAGAGAUUUGGAGACUGUGUUACGGAAUGGACCAUGGAGCUUUGAUCGAAACCUGCUAGUCCUAGUUCGAAUCUCUGGAGAAGAACAACCCUCUGCGUUGAACAUGCAUUUUGGAGUAUUUUGGGUUCGGAUCUACGAACUCCCUUUAAUUCUCAGAACUGAAGCUAUGGCAAAAAAGAUUGGUGGAAUCAUUGGGGUAUUCGAAGAGAUGGAUCAGAAAGAAGCCCAUAAGAACGGACGGUUCCUGCGUGUCAAAGUUAAAAUGGAUCUAAAGCAACCGUUGAAAAGAGGCACGGUGGUGAAGUUUAAGGACAAGACCCUGAGGAUACAUUUUAAAUAUGAACGCCUACCUACGUUCUGUUUUGUAUGUGGCAGGAUUGGUCACCAGUUAAAAGACUGUGAAUCCCUUGGUGACAUCAGUGAAGAAGGCUUUGAAGACAUCGAAGAACAGGAUCUCUCUUUCGGCCUCUGGCUAAGGGCAUCCCCAUUACCCAGAAUUACGGAAGAACAGCAUCGAAAAGACUCGAGUUCAGGAACGUGUAGUAGAAGCCUGUUUAACAUCUCCUCAUCUCAAAGCAAAUGUGGAUCAAAAGGUAAAGAGAAGGAGGACGAGGCCGAAGUAGAACAACAUCCAGUCAGAGAAAACAUGAGCAAGGAAGUAAGGAAGGAGGCUGAGGGCACCAAACAAAUCUGCAAUCUUGCUAUUGAGUCAGUAGCAGAAUCUCUAGGUGCGGUUGAGAUCUCCAAACCGUCAUCAAAUGCUGGAAGUAGCCAACAUGGGACCACAAAGAAGAAAAAGUGGACAAGGAGGAAAUCGGUUCCCUAG